AGCCCCACAGUCGCUCCUGCUGCUGCUGUUGUCAGGGAUGCAGGUGUGCAUGCAGCAGCAGCAGCAGCGGCGGCGGCGGCCGGUGUGACCGGUGUGGCUCCGGUACCAGAUCGCUUCGUGCGCGUGCGGCUGACGGCGGAGGGGUUGCGGCAUGUGGUGACGGCGGAGGGGCGGCAGGCGGCCCCGGAGGCGACCUACUUCCGCACUGGGGACCUGGGCUGUGUGGGGCUGGGAGGUUGCCUGCAGCUGCUGGGUCGGGUGGACCUGCAGGUGAAGCUGGCGGGGGUGCGACUGGACCUGGCGGAGGUGGAGGCGGCGCUGAGGGGACACACCAGGGUGGCGGACGCGGCGGUACGGCUGCUCCGCCGCCGGCCGCAUGCAGGUGACCCCCGCGGGGUGGGGACAGCCCCAGCUGCUGGUGCUGCUGGUGCUGGUGCUGGUGCUGGUGCUGCUGAUAUCGAUGGUGAACCGGGGGUUGAGGGAGCAGAAGCGGGGCUGCAUGGCGGUGGUGCUGGUGCUGUUACCGGGAGGACGGCGGCAGCGGUGGAGGAGCUGGUGGCGUAUGUGGUGCUGCACGGGGCUGCCAGCAAGGCAGACGACGACCCUGGCGUGGGCUCCGAAACCCG